UUGAUUAUUUAUUUUUAAAUGAUUUUUUGGCUCUGAUAGAAACACCCUUCAGUCUGCAGUUGCAUGGCCCUUGGUGAUGUGGACUGUCUUGAGUAAUUACAUUGUUCUCCCCCCCCCUCAUGUGAGGAGAUUAGCUCAGAGUAAUUUGUCAGAUGUGAUAAGGCAGUGCUUGGAGCAACUAAGAAAGCAUAGCGUAAGCUGGGAUUUCUGCAAAAUAAAGUUGGUGGUGAGUGCGGAGCUGCUUUGUCUUUACAGUAUGGGCCAAGCCGCUGUCCGGACUUGUGGAAGAAGCAAGUCAUAUGUUACAGAGCUGUAUGAAUGGUUCAGAAAGUUUGUUAUCGAGUGUCCAAGUGGGCUAAUCGCUCUUCACGAGUUUCAAAGGCAUUUCUGUGAUGGAACUGUGGGCAGUGAGUCAGCAGAGUAUGCAGAACAGAUUUUCCGCACGCUCGACAGCAAUGGGGAUGGGGUGGUUGACUUCAGAGAGUAUGUCAUGGCCAUCAGCAUGCUUAUUGAAGGUUCAGCUGUUGAGAAACUGCGCUGGUCAUUCAAGCUCUAUGACAAAGACCGAGACGGAGCCAUCACAAAGGAGGAAAUGCUGGAGAUCAUGCAGGCUGUUUAUAAGAUGAACGUGGCUGCUGGUUUAACCAAACCCAACCCACUUACAGCUGAAGAAUGCACCAGCAGGAUAUUUGUGAGAUUAGAUAAAGACAAUAACGCAAUCAUCAGUCUGGAAGAGUUCAUAGAGGGAGCGCUGGAUGACAAUUGGAUCAGAGAGAUGCUGGAAUGUGACCCGAGCACCGUGAAGGUGGGGAGGCCGCUGAAGAGGGACACCGCUUUGGAAAACCCACGGUUAAUUUGAAGUGGUUCACUAUUUAGGCACACUGGACCAGCCCGUGUUUGGGCUAAAAAUUCAAGGAAUCAAAUUCUAUCUUCAUCUAUUGGAUAACUUUGUCGUAGCUGCUUUAGAGUGCUGUAAAAUUUGGAGCUUAUUUUAUCAAGCUUCCACAAGAUGAAAUGCUGUGUUUUUGUUUUUAUGUAUUGCUCUGUUCUGGGUUAUUAAUGUUCCUCAAACAUACCAGAUUUUAGAAAAAGUAUGAAUUUACAUAUGUAAAUCCAUAAUGUACACAUGACACAUGUGAGUGAAAAAAGAAAAAAAAAAGAACUGUUAUUAUUAAAUUCUGCACUUGUGGCCAGAUUAACUUGCACAAAGUAAUGGACCCUAAUAACAUUAUAAGAAUGACAUCUCCACUAAUGAGGCCUCACCAAUGGGUAUUCAUGCUACAUCAAAGUAAUUGGGUAAUAGACUAAUAAAAAUUAAAGAAAAGUUACUAUUUUUUCACUACUACAUUAUUUAUUUAUUUUUACAGUAGAUAUAUAGUGUUAAAACAUUUUCUGUGGAAAAAAAACAUCAUUUUUAAACAUGUAUUUUUGAAAUUACAGGACAGUCAAUGACCAAUGUAAUUUUUAAAAAAUGUAAUUUUUACACAUCUAUUUCUUAAAAUUUACGCUCGGAGAAUCAUGCUAUUAUUAUUUUAUUUUAUUCUAUUUUAUUUAUGUAUUUAUUUAUUUUUAUUUUUUUCGUCACUGACGCUUUUACACCACUUGGUGUCGCCUGUACUUCUUUAAAGCUCACUAGCCACAAAAGUAAGGCCUCCAAGAAUUUAAGGAAUACGUCUCUUCCCUGAUCCAGCAAAACAUGGGAAAUUUCACUUUUGCGUUACUUAGCUCGACGGACCGCUGUGUGUGAAAGCCGCUGUUGGUUGUGACUAUUCCUACAUCAAGA